AUGCCCAAGAAUCAACGCGUCUCCGGCAACAAUGUCAUUCAGACGAAGGGUGACGGAAACCAGGUCACAAAAGACUAUGUACAACGCUGUAAGUCACUGCCGACUAUUCGAGCCGCUUUUCGACCGACGAGUGAUCUAGGCUCAUGCUUUGCCCAUCCUUGCCGGCCUCACAACAAGUCUUCAAUGACUAUAAUGGCGUCGACAACCCCCAACGACCUCAACAAAAAGACGUGAGUCUUCGAGCAGCUUGACGAGAACUUUCGAUGAGCCUGGGCACGAGCUCAUUCUAAAUCCAUUGCUACGUCAGAACACUGCUUAUACGAAGUGGCUUCGAUCGAGAUUCCCAGUGAUGUUCCUGAACGGUCAUGGAUCAAACCGUCACAGCUGGACCCUCAUCUGAACCCCGCAAAUAAGCUCAAUUACGAGACCUACAGCUUCGACGAGGUAAUCAAGAUAACUGGCUGGCUCAUCCGGUUACCGUCCGAUAUCGUUAUAGAUCCCUCGCACGUCAAGGUCAUAACGUGCGUCUCCACCAUAGACCUGGAGGUUCCGGACGGAGUUAUGCUCGACAUCAUGCCAUCAGUUCCAGACUUGUACCGAGUCCGGGCCGCGCCAGUUCUGGCCUCUGUCAAGCCCAUAGUUGCGCAAGUGGAGCUCUGGAACUACGGAGCGUAUUCAAUCAAGAUGUCAAAGGGCACGCCUGUCACGACUAUCUCGAUGAUACCCAUAUGCAUUGAAACCGAACAGAGAUGCGCUGAACAAGUUGGCGGCAGGGCCGAGCCAAUGAGUUCGUAA